UGCCUCGUUGGAGCUCGGAACACUCCUCCCCACAGCUAUACGAUAAAUACAUUUAUAAAAUUAACAAUACACUUAGAAGGUGAAGUUCACAAGCUAGAUAAAACUUAUAAAACUUAAAAUAGAAAUCAAAUAUCACGUAAAUUGGGCAACGUAGUUAGAGCAAAUCUGCCUAUUGUAGCCUAUGCCUUUACGGAUACAGGAACAACUUUCGUCAACCGGUGUUGGUAGAUUACAUUUGUUGUCCAGCUGUGUGUGUGAUGGAUGAUGAAGUUGAUAUUGACUUAAUAACCCAAGAGAAACUUCAUAUAUAAAUCCAAAAGUUUUAAGGGUGAUAUGUGGAUAGCUUUUCUUAUUUUUCGUGAUAUUAGAGGAUAGUUAGGCCUACUAUGAAAUGCCGAAAUUGCUAACAUUAUUUUCCGUUGAUAGAAUACCGUAGUGGACGUGUGUAAUGUAGCUAGAGGUAGUCGAGAUGAUACAAUCAGAUUGAGUGCAGAUUAAAAACUGUGUGAUUGUUAGCAUAUGGGCGCGAUUUGGAGAAGAACGUGGAAGUGUGUGUAGUCAAGAUAAGUUACACGUGUAAAGUACAAGGGUCUCUCACGAACCUAGCUUCAGCAUUUGGACUUCUAGACUUUUAGUCAUAUAGUUAUAAGAAGUGGUCGGUGAAGCGCUGAGACACUCCCAACUGACUCCUUAUUUUUCGGAAUAUUUUCAAUUGUAUAAUAAUUUCAGCUCAUUUAUAAAGAGCUCAAAGACUGCACCAGAUAUGACCUGUCUAUUGAUAGGAGUGCUCAAAAGGUGGGAUGCCUUUAGCACAGCUGCGGUGUGUAUUCGCUCCAUGUCUACUUUCCCCUCACUCCCUACUGCUGUGGCAGAGUUUGUCUCUAAUGCUGUGGCAGAAUGUGAGCCUGCCAAAGUACAUGUGGUGACUGGCACACCUGAAGAAACAGCAGACAUUUUGGCUGGCCUGGAAAAGGAAGGCAUGGUGAAAAAAUUGCCCAAAUAUGUAAACUGCUGGCUGGCCCGUACAGAUCCUAAAGAUGUGGCACGUGUGGAGAGUAAGACGGUGAUAGUGACGAGGCAACAGAGGGACACAGUUCCCAUUCCAUGCAAUGGUGCCAAGAGCCAGCUUGGAAACUGGAUGAGUGAGACUGAUUUCCAGAAAGCAAAAGAGGAACGCUUUCCUGCCACCAUGACUGGUCGAACAAUGUAUGUUAUCCCUUUCAGUAUGGGUCCAGUCAACUCCUCUUUGGCUAAAUUUGGUGUUCAGCUCACGGACUCUCCAUACGUGGUAGCCAGUAUGGGGAUUAUGACUCGUACAGGCACGCCCGUGAUGGAAAAACUGGAACAGGGUGUAGAGUUUGUUCGUUGCCAACACUCAGUGGGCAGACCUUUGCCACUUAAAGCUCCAUUGGUGAAUCAGUGGCCUUGUAAUCCAGAGAAAGUGCUGAUCUCGCAUCUCCCAGACACCAGGCAGAUCCUGUCAUUUGGAAGUGGCUAUGGAGGCAAUUCACUCCUUGGAAAGAAGUGUUUUGCCCUCCGUAUUGCCUCUCGCAUUGCCAAAGAUGAAGGAUGGCUGGCUGAACACAUGCUGAUUCUGGGAAUCACAAAUCCUCAGGGUGUUAAACGGUAUGUUGCAGCAGCUUUUCCAAGUGCUUGUGGAAAAACCAACUUGGCCAUGAUGAAGCCAGCGCUGCCAGGAUGGAAGGUGGAAUGUGUGGGAGAUGAUAUUGCUUGGAUGAAAUUUGACAGUCAGGGUAAACUCAGAGCCAUUAACCCAGAGAAUGGGUUCUUUGGUGUUGCACCUGGCACUUCCCUGAAGACAAACCCUCAUGCAAUGGACACCAUUUCUAAGAAUACCAUAUUCACAAAUGUUGGUGAGACUAGUGAUGGUGGGGUUUGGUGGGAGGGUCUUGAACCCCCUUCAACUGGCAUCACUCUAACAGACUGGCAUGGAAAGUCUUGGAAACCUGGUGCUGCUACACCAUGUGCACACCCCAAUUCCAGGUUCUGUGCCCCUGCGAGCCAGUGUCCGAUCAUUGAUCCUCUGUGGGAGAGUGAUGAGGGAGUGCCCAUUGAUGCCAUUAUAUUUGGUGGGAGGAGACCAGAGGGCGUGCCUCUGGUAUAUGAGACAUUUAACUGGCGUCAUGGAGUAUUUGUGGGGGCUGCGAUGAGAUCUGAAGCUACAGCAGCUGCUGAACAUAAAGGUAAAGUGGUCAUGCAUGACCCCUUUGCUAUGCGUCCUUUCUUUGGCUACAACUUUGGUGACUACCUGGCCCACUGGCUGAGCAUGGAGACAAGGAACAGACCCACCCAGCUCCCAAAGAUUUUCCAUGUCAACUGGUUCAGGAAAGAUCCACAGACCAAUUCCUUCCUGUGGCCUGGUUUUGGAGAGAAUGCUAGAGUACUUGAAUGGAUCUUCCACCGCUGUGGACGCACUAGUGAGGAUGAAGGUGCCAAAAAGAGUAUUAUAGGAUGGUUGCCUCAAGAGGGUGCCAUCAAUACACAAGGCCUGAGCAAGAAAGUAGAUAUGGGUGCCCUUUUUGAUUUGCCUAAAUCUUUUUGGCAGAAAGAAGCCCAAGAGCUACGAGCUUACUUCUCCCAACAAGUGGGGGCUGACUUACCUGAACAGGUGGAGAGAGAGCUGAGAGCAUUAGAGGAGAGAGUGAGGGAUUGAGAGAAAAACAAUAUGGUUGAUGACAUGUCAAAAGUUUAGUGAGGUGUGGGGUUAGUGGGAGAAAAAUAAAGUUUUUUAAACAACAAUCAUUAGUCUUGUAAUAAAAAAAAAGUCUUGUAACAAAACUUCAGGCAUGGUGUCUGGUACUUUUGUAACUAAGCACUAGCAAAAAAUUUCAAUGUGGACUUGGUGGCUUCUAGUAAACUUAAAAACACUAUGGGAAGUUUACAAACUACAGUCCAAGACUUAAUCUUUGAUUGUGCUUUGUUGAAUUUACUUUACAAACAAUAAAGGACACCUAAAAGGCUUUUACUUGAAGGACCAAAUAGAUUAGGUGUGUUAUUAAAAUAAAUGAAAUGUCAAUAUUUUAUCUUUUAUGUCCAAAUAAAUCACUUAAAAUAUAUCCAUUUGGAAUUAUUGUGAUUGUAUGCCUAUUACACAGUAAAUGUUUUUGGAGUUUUUUGUUUGUUUUUAACAAUUGGCAGAGAAAUUUAAUAGAGGCUUACUUCACCAGUUUUGUGAAGUAAGAUGCUGAAUGCUGCUUAACAAUGUAAAAUAACCAAAAGCACCUCUGUCCAUUAAUGGAGUUCCGAUGAAAUACAGAGUAGUCUUUAUUAAGAAUUGGCAUUGGAAAUUUGUUCUUACUAUAUUGUGGAAGAAAUUCAUAUAUAAUGAGUUAAAUAUGUAUAGAUUGAUUUUAACAUGCACUGUCUUAGUUUGUGAAUUGUUUUUAAAUGUGCCAGUAAGCAGAAACUUCUUUUCAGAACUUGAAAAUCACCCUGAAGAUGUUUGCAGGUGUUUGUCCUUGAUACAGAACAAAAGUGUUACUGUUAAUGAAGCUACGUGCCAGUAGAGCAGAUUAAACCAGUUAGAUUCAGGAUGUUUGGAAAACUACACAGGAUGUUUGGAAAACUGCAUGCUCAAGCAAUGCUUACAAGGGGUGAUGAUUCAAGAUGAUUUUGAGGAGUGUUAAGGACUAUUUCAAAAGUAUAGUGUAUGUUUCAAGUAACUUAUGAAUAUGGAUUGGCAAGAUUUUGUAAUUUGCAGGAAAAGGAAAUGUGACAAGGGACAACAAAGUGAAGACAGCAAGUAAAAAUAGACUCAUUCUCAUUCUCUGUUAAUGUCACUAAGGCCUAAUGUCAUUUGCUUGCCCCUUGUUCCUACCACAUAGCCAUACCCCUUCAUUGUUGUUUUUCAGAGGCACUCUCCAAAUGGGGAGUUAUGAGGAAUUUCACAGAAAGCCUUGCAAAUAAUGGCAAUAUGGUUGUGUAAGCUA